GGCCCGGCUCCGGCAUGGAUAUGAGGUUCUACCCCGCGGCGGCGGGGGACCCCGCCGGCCUGGACUUCGCGCAGUGCCUGGGGUACUACGGCUACAGCAAGUUUGGAACUAACAAUAACUAUAUGAACAUGGCAGAGGCAAACAACGCUUUCUUUGCAGCCAGCGAGCAGACGUUCCAUACGCCCAGCCUCGGGGACGAGGAGUUCGAAAUCCCUCCGAUUACGCCUCCUCCGGAGUCGGACCCCGCUCUGGGCAUUCCAGACGUGCUCCUACCCUUUCAAGGCCUCAGCGACCCCUUGCCCUCUCAGGGCAGUGAAUUCACACCUCAGUUUCCCCCUCAGAGCCUGGAUCUCCCGUCCAUUACAAUCUCAAGAAAUCUCGUGGAACAAGAUGGCGUGCUCCAUAGCAGUGGGUUGCACAUGGACCAGAGCCACACGCAGGUGUCCCAGUACCGUCAGGACCCCUCCUUGAUCGUGAGGUCCAUCGCGCACAUGACCGAUGCCGCCCGCUCCGGGGUCAUGCCUCCGGCCCAGCUCACCACCAUCAACCAGUCCCAGCUCAGCGCCCAGCUGGGGCUGAGCUUGGGCGGAGCCAGUUUGCCCCACACGUCUCCUUCACCUCCAGCCAGCAAAUCGGCAACGCCUUCCCCGUCCAGCUCCAUCAACGAAGAGGACGGUGAUGAGUCUGGCAGGGCCAUUGGAGAGAAAAGAGCCGCUCCAGAUUCUGGCAAGAAGCCCAAGACUCCAAAGAAAAAGAAAAAGAAAGACCCCAACGAGCCCCAGAAGCCAGUGUCAGCGUACGCCCUGUUUUUCAGAGACACGCAGGCUGCAAUUAAAGGUCAAAACCCCAAUGCAACCUUUGGAGAGGUCUCAAAAAUCGUAGCGUCUAUGUGGGACAGCCUUGGAGAGGAACAAAAGCAGGUAUAUAAAAGGAAAACAGAAGCGGCCAAAAAGGAAUACCUGAAGGCCCUGGCUGCCUACAGGGCCAGUCUCGUCUCUAAGGCAGCUGCUGAAUCAGCGGAAGCCCAGACCAUUCGUUCUGUCCAGCAAACCCUGGCGUCCACCAAUCUGACAUCCUCCCUCCUACUCAACCCUCCACUGUCUCAACAUGGGGCCGUGUCGGCAGCACCUCAGACUCUGCAGCAGUCGCUCCCGCGGUCAAUUGCUCCCAAGCCCUUGACCAUGAGACUGCCCAUGAACCAGAUUGUCACAUCGGUCACCAUUGCGGCCAACAUGCCAUCGAACAUUGGGGCCCCACUGAUCAGCUCCCUGGGCACGACCCUGGUGGGCUCGGCGUCCUCCACCCAGGUGAGCCCUUCCGUGCAGACCCAGCAACAGCAACUGCAGCAGAUGCAGCAGCAGCAGCUGCAGCAGCACCAGAUGCAUCAGCAGAUCCAGCAGCAGAUGCAGCAGCAGCAUUUUCAGCACCACAUGCAGCAGCACCUGCAGCAGCAGCAACAGCUGCAGCAGCAGAUCAGCCAACAGCAGCUGCAGCAGCAGCUCCAACAGCAGCUCCAGCUGCAGCAGCUGCAACACAUGCCGCACCCGUCUCAGCCUUCGCCUCGACAGCACUCGCCCGUCGCCUCUCAGAUGACGUCCCCCGUCCCCGCCAUCGGGAGCCCCCAGCCGGCCUCUCAGCAGCACCAGUCACAAAUACAGCCCCAGACGCAGACUCAAGUAUUACCACAGGUCAGUAUUUUCUGAAGACACGUGUGGCGGACGGAUGGGCACGUGGAGGCAAGCGGAGGGGAAACCAUCUGUGGCUGAGACUCGUAAGUCGGUGUUGGUUCUGCAGAAACGUGGAACAGAUCACAUGGUCCUCUGAAGUGUCUAUUAGAUAGGCAAUAAGAACUACAGUGUAGCUGAACAUCCUCUCGAGCUGACGCUCUACCACUUUGUUUUUAAACAAGAGAAGCUGUGCUCUUUUAUGUGAUGCCUUUUUUAUUUAUUCAGGCUAUACCUACAAUAUGUGAAUCGAACUGUUCCAUGAAUCCUGAGACACACCGAGGACUAUAAACUGGCCUCUCUGAGUCACAGAACAUGGCCUUAUUUCUCCCGGAGUGAAUAAACCGCACUUCCAGGCUGUGGGAACUCACGAAACCCUAACAAUCAAAAGCACAGUUGUAACUACCUGAAUAGGAAGAUUCCCGUUUCAUACAAACAUUUGUAUGACAUGAAUAGUUGAUGGCAUUUUUUGUCAUGAAAAAAAUAAUGUAAAUCACAGACUUUGCCAAAGGUCUUAUUUUUUUUUCCUAAAUAUCUCCAGAAAAAAAAAUGCAAGUGAUUAGAUUCAAUUAUUGACUCCCUUCCACUCUGUACCCAUGACUUCUCCAAAUCGAACCGCCAUACCUGUCCUAACAAUAUCUCUGACCGCCGUUAACCCAUAUAUUCAUUCCAAUUAGAGGAAAAGAAUGUGAAUAUUAUAUUCUGUGUUUUGAGUGACAAGUUUCAAAAAAUGAAAACACUGUAUUUUUAAAAGGGAAAGGAACUUAAAUGAAAACAGUUAUUACAAAAGUGAAGAUUUAAAAAAAAAGCAAGAGUUUUUAUUAUGACGUAAUACUGGUAGAAUAUUUAAAAGGUGCACCACAAGGAAUAAUCAAUGUAAAUAUUUUCUUUCAAAGUUGUAAGUUUUCAUAUCAUGUGUUGUAAAGUUUUCAUAAACAAGGCUUUAACGUAAACACUGGUGACACGAACCAUUCAUUGCUACGUUGCUUAUUGUGUUUUUAUGCUGUUUUAUACUUUUUUAUGAGUUACGAUAGCAGCAAUUAAGUUGUUUGUAUUUUGCUUAACUAAAACAAAAAUGCUUUUAUCUUGCUAUAGAAUAAACACAUUUCAGUAAAACCCGUGGACUGUAUUUUGAUGCAAC